AUGGGCGGCCAAUUCUCCAAGAUGAUGGGCAAGAUCUUCGGAUCAAAGGAAAUGCGCAUCCUCAUGCUCGGCCUCGAUGCCGCCGGCAAGACCACCAUCCUUUACAAGCUCAAGCUUGGCCAAGACGUCACCACCAUCCCUACCGUCGGUUUCAACGUCGAGACUGUCACCUACAAGAAUGUCAAGUUUAAUGUCUGGGAUGUUGGUGGUCAGGAUAAGAUCCGUCCUCUCUGGAGGCAUUACUUUAGCGGUACCCAGGGUCUCAUUUUUGUCAUUGACUCUUCGGACCGCGCGCGUAUCGAGGAGGCCAAGCAGGAGUUGCACAGGAUUAUUAACGAUCGCGAGAUGAAGGAUAGCUUGCUCCUCGUGUUCGCUAACAAACAAGAUCUCCCUGAUGCCCUCAAACCCACCGAAGUCACCGAGGCUCUCCAGCUCUCCAAGCUCAAGGACAAGGUCUGGUACGUCGUGCCCAGUUGCGCGACCACGGGCGAGGGUCUCCUCGAGGGUCUUGCUUGGUUGUCCAACAACGUAAAGGCACCCCCUGCGCCGGCGAAGAAGUAG